GUUCCCCAUCUCUCUCCCUCUUCUUGGGCUUCCCUAUUCCCUGAGACAUAACAAUAUUGAGAUUAGGCGAAUUAAUAACUCUGCAAUGGCCUCUAAGUGCUCAAGUGAAAGGAAGAGUCGCACAUCUCUCACUUUAAAUCAAAAACUAGAAAUGAUUAAACUGAGUGAGGAAGGUAUGUCAAAAGCCGAGAUAGGCCGAAGGCUAGGCCUCCUGCGGCAAACAGUUAGCCAAGUUGUAAAUGCAAAGGAAAAGUUCUUGAAGGAAGUUAAAAGUGCUACUCCAAUGAACACACGAAUGAUAAGAAAGCGAAACAGCCUUAUUGCUGAUAUGGAGAAAGUUUUAGUGGUCUGGAUAGAAGAUCAGACCAGCCGCAACAUUCCCUUAAGCCAAAGCCUAAUCCAGAACAAAGCCCUAACUCUCUUCAACUCUAUGAAAGCUGAGAGAGGUGUGGAAGCCGCAGAAGAAAAAUUUGAAGCUAGCAGAGGUUGGUUCAUGAGGUUUAAGGAAAGAAGCCAUUUCCAUAACAUAAAAGCACAAGGUGAAGCGGCAAGUGCUGAUGUAGAAGCUGCAGCAAGUUAUCCAGAAGCUUUAGCUAAGAUCAUUGACGAAGGUGGCUACACUAAACAACAGAUUUUCAAUGUCGAUGAAACAGCCUUCUAUUGGAAGAAGAUGCCAUCUAGAACUUUCAUAGCUAGAGAGGAGAAGUCAGUGCCUGGCUUCAAAGCUUCAAAGGACAGGCUGACUCUCUUGUUAGGGGCUAAUGCAGCUGGUGAUUUUAAGUUGAAGCCAAUGCUUAUUUACCAUUCUGAAAAUCCUAGGGCCCUUAAGAAUUAUACUAAAUCUACUCUACCCGUGCUAUAUAAAUGGAACAGCAAAGCCCGGAUGACAGCACAUCUGUUUACAGCAUGGUUUACUGACUAUUUUAAACCCACUGUUGAGACCUACUGCUCAGAAAAGAAGAUUCCUUUCAAAAUAUUACUGAUCAUUGACAAUGCCCCUAGUCAUCCAAGAGCUCUGAUGGAGAUAUACGAGGAGAUUAAUGUUGUUUUCAUGCCUGCUAACACAACAUCCAUUCUGCAGCCCAUGGAUCAAGGGGUAAUUUCGACCUUCAAGUCUUAUUAUUUGAGAAAUACAUUUCAUAAGGCUCUAGCUGCCAUGGAUAGUGAUGUCUCUGAUGGAUCUGGGCAAAGCAAAUUGAAAACCUUCUGGAAAGGAUUCACCAUUUUAGAUGCCAUUAAAAACAUUCGUGAUUCAUGGGAGGAGGUCAAAUUGUCAACAUUAACAGGAGUUUGGAAGAAGUUGAUUCCCACCCUCAUUGAUGACUAUGAGGGGUUCAAGACUUCAGUGGAGGAAGUAAGUGCAGAUGUGGUGGAAAUAGCAAAAGAACUAGAAUUAGAAGUAGAGCCUGAAGAUGUAACUGAAUUGCUGCAAUCUCAUGAUAAAACUUUAACAGAUGAGGAGUUGUUUCUUAUGGAUGCGCAAAGAAAGUGGUUUCUUGAGAUGGAAUCUACACCUGGUGAAGACGCUGUGAACAUUGUUGAAAUGACAACAAAGGAUUUAGAAUAUUACAUAAACUUAGUUGAUAAAGCAGCAGCAGGGUUUGAGAGGAUUGACUCCAAUUUUGAAAGAAGCUCUACUGUGGGCAAAAUGCUAUCAAACAGCAUCGCAUGUUAUAGAGAAAUCUUUCAUGAAAGGAAGAGUCAACUGAUGCGAAAAGCUUCACUGAUGUCUUAUUUUAGGAAAUUGCCACAGCCACCCCAACCUUCAGCAGCCACCACCCUGACCAGUCAGCAACCAUCAACCUCGAGGCAAGACCCUCCACCAGCAAAAAGAGUACGACUCACCGAAGGCUCAGAUUGAUGAUCAGCAUUUUUUAGCAAUAAAGUAUUUUUAAAUUUA